UGCUUCCAUCUUCGCCAUCACCACCAUCCAAUUCUCCUACCUUUCCUUCAUCACCACCACCUACACUCAUCCAGAUCCAACGAAUAAACACCAACACCACAUCCCCUCUCAACACUCUAACCAACAAACCACAAACAUGCCCCGCCAAUCCCGCGGUCCCACCGCCGCGCCCAAGCGUCCAGCACCCCCUCCCGCCGCCGCGCGCCCCAUGCCCCAACAACCACCGCAAUCCCGUCAAGCAUCCACCAUGGCCCACCCGCCAGCCCACCAGCAAGCACACGCCCCCGCCCCGACGGCACCCGCUCAGCAACAACAGAGCUCCUCCGGCGGCGGGCUCUUCGGGCAGAUGGCUAGCACCGCUGCCGGCGUAGCAGUCGGCUCCUCAAUCGGCCACGCCAUCGGCGGUUUCUUCGGCGGCGGCUCCUCCAGCCACGCACAACCCACCGCCGACCCCAGCCUCCCCGUCGCCCAAACGCCCGACGGCCAAUUCGCCAUGAACGCCAACUACCAAGCCGCGCCCGUCUGCCAGACCGACGUGACGAAUUUCCGCCGGUGCAUGGACGAGAAUAACGGGGAUCUGACGAUUUGCGAUUACUACCUCAGUCAGUUGAAGGCGUGCCAGGCGGCGGCGAGGACGUACGCUUAGACGGAUGUAUGUAUGCCGGGAUUAGGCGGAGAGAGGAGGGGGAAGGUUAAAAAGGGUGAGAGGGAUGACUGAAGCGUGAGCGAA